GGAGCGCGAGCCUACCUGACUCUGCUAGAGGCGCUACAGCUUCGCGUUGCGGCGUUUGUGCCGCAGCCCGCGCCAAGUGAGGGCUCCCGGCCCCCGGCUGCGGCGACCGGCGCGUGUUGGCAGGCUCGGGGCUCGCGCCGCUGCGGGCCGGCGGGCGGUUAGCGCGCCGUUCGACGCCGGGAGCUCCGCGGCCUGAGCCGACGCGGGCGGCCGGGCUCUCCGGUUCUCUUCCCCAGGCCGGAGCCAGUCAGUGUCCCGGCGGAGAGACGGGCAGCCGGGCUCCCUGGCCCCGGGCCGCCCCCGGCUGGGGCGGCUGGGGCAGGGGGACGAUGUCUGCUCGCGUCCGGGUGCCCGCCGCUCACCCUCGGGAGGAGCGGCCCGCGGUACCAGCUGAGAGGGCGUCGCUGUCGGCCGCGGCGAGCCGGCAAGCCGGGAAGCUGCCCCCGCCCGAACGGGAGGGCAAGGAGGCGGCGAGGGAAGAGAGAAACGCGCUCGCUUCCAGCACGGGGGCGCGGGGAGAGCCUUUGCCGGCGCCCGUGCUGGGACACAGCGUGCCUCAGGCGGCCGUGCCCGUGAAGCCCCUGGCGCUGCACCUGGCGCACAAGGCGCGCGGGCCGGGGGUGCCCUUCGGCUGGGAGCCGCCGCCACCGCUGCCGCGGGACCCGCCGGCCGAGGACGCCCGGGAGGACGAGGCGGCGGCGGCAGGCUCUGAGGAGAAGCUGCCGCCGCCGCCGCCGCCGCCGCUGCCGCGUAAGGAGAAUCCCUGGACCAAAAAGCCUCCCCAGCACCUGUCCCCCGCCGGGACGGGGCCGCCGCCGCUGCCCCCACUGGAAGCCCUGGAGGCAGAGCCCAGUUCCCCCCAAAUUAUAAAAGCAGGAAAACUCAAGACAAAGAAAUCCAACAAGCCUAGUGGUUUCAGCGAUAUGGUGAACUGGCCAACACCAAGUGAAUUAGUGAACACUGAAUGUCAGAGUGUCAUCAGCCUAGGAAAUAAGAAGCCACAAAACAGAAAAGAAAGAGAAGACAAGGUUGAAAAGACAAGUAACAGUGAAAGCAAAGAAAGCCGGGAAACAAAAUUAGAUGGUCCUGGUGAAAAUGUCAGUGAGGAUGAGGCUCAGUCAAGUAAUCAACGAAAGAAAGCUAAUAAGCACAAGUGGGUACCACUCCACUUAGAUGAUGUAAGAUCAGACAGUCAAGAAAGACCAGGAUCCCGGAAUAGCUCAAGAUGUCAACCUGAAGCAAAUAAAACAUCACAUAAUAGGAGAAAUGACACACGAAGUUGGAGGCGUGAAAGAGAAAAGAGAGAUGAUCAAGAUGAAGUUUCCAAUGUGAGAAGUGAGUGUGGUAAUAUCCGAGGUACUUUUAGAGGCCGAGGAAGAGGCCAAGGACGGGGAAGAGGACGAGGCAGAGGAAAUCCUCCAUUGAACUUUGAUUAUUCAUAUGGUUAUCAAGAACAUGGUGAAAGGACUGGUCAACCAUUUCAAACAGAACUUAAUACCAGUAUGAUGUAUUACUAUGAUGAUGGUACAGGCGUACAGGUGUAUCCUGUGGAAGAAGCAUUGCUUAAAGAGUAUAUUAAACGCCAAAUUGAAUAUUACUUCAGUAUAGAAAACUUGGAACGGGACUUCUUUCUUAGGAGAAAGAUGGAUGAGCAAGGUUUCUUGCCUAUUUCCCUGAUUGCUGGCUUCCACCGUGUUCAGGCUCUCACUACAAACCUUAAUCUCAUUUUAGAGGCACUGAAAGAUAGCACAGAAGUGGAAAUUGUGGACGAGAAAAUGAGAAAAAAGAUAGAACCAGAAAAAUGGCCAAUUCCGGGCCCUUCUCCACAUAGUGUGCCACAAACAGACUUCUCUCAACUGAUUGAUUGCCCAGAGUUUGUACCAGGCCAAGCCUUUGGUUCACAUACAGAGUCUGCCCCAAAUUCUCCAAGAAUUGGAGGUCCACUGAGCCCAAAGAAAAACACUGAAACAAGUAAUCUUCAAGCAAUGUCUAGAGGUUUGUCUGCCAGUUUGCCCGACUUGGACUCAGAACCUUGGAUAGAAGUAAGAAAGAGACAUCAUCCAUCCCCAGUGAAAUUGAAGGAAUCACCACCUCUACCUGAAGAGGCAUCAAAUCACCUAUAUCUUCCAGAUGAACAAGAACAAGAAGAACUUGAUUUUUUAUUUAAUGAAGAGAUGGAACAAAUAGAAGGGCGAGAAAACACAUUUACUGAUUGGUCUGAUAAUGAUUCAGAUUAUGAAAUCGAUGACCAGGAUUUAAACAAGAUUUUGAUUGUAACUCAGACACCACCUUACAUGAGAAAACAUCCUGGAGGAGAUUGAACAGGCAACCACAUGUCUUGGGCAAAAAUUACAUCUGAACUUGCUGAAGUUAUCAACGGUGGCUUAUAUUAUUAUGAACAGGAUUUGUGGAUGGAAGAAAAUGAAAACAAACACACAGCCAUAAAGGCAGACCUUUGUGUUUGUUGCAGAUGGUGAGAGGAACUUCAGUUGUGGUGAAGUCUUUGGUAUGUAGCUGGAAAUGGUGUACAAAUUCACGAGGAGAUGCCACAUCCUCACCUGGCAGACAGAGACAUGACAUCAUACUGACUUGGCAAGCUGAGAGUCACCACCACCACUUGAGCUGUUCCUCUUCUCACAGAGAAGAACACCAACUUGAGAACCUCUCUGGCAAAGCUGGGGACUAUUCCUGACCAGGAGUCAACUUGUGUGCAAGUUCCACUGAGUGCAAUUCUGGACCAAAAACUAACUUCUCUGAACCUCAGAUGGGGAUCAUUCUUCUCUACCUCACUGAGUUUUAAAGACCUUUAAAAACUGUAAAAGACUGGGCAUGUGUGAGAAGGAACAAAGGCCAUAUGGUUAUGUGGGAUCAGGAAUAAUGAUGCAAAUAGAGGUGAGACCAGGAAUUUAAAGACAAUGCAGAAGCUUCAGGCUUUACAUAGAAAUUGUGACAUCAAAGUACAGUCUGUGGAUUUCUUCCCCAGGUGCCACAGUGUCAGAUAUUUUCAUUAUUAGUCCUUUUGUGUUGUGUAUUUUAAAAUGCAAAACUCUUUUAAUUCUUCCUCCUAAUACCUUACUCUGAAAGACUUCCUCAGAUUGCUUUCCUCUCACAGGCAACAUGAGGCCCCAUCGUUCUCCCUUUAGAUAUGGUUUUGAUUUGACUUCUCCCUGCUGAAGAGACAAGUGAAUUAGGAGACCUAAUUUCAGGUUUUGCCUCACUAUUUAAAUUCUAGCCAAAGCCCCUUGUACAAGUCAGUUCCUUAUUUUAAUACACAUACUUCAAUUAUGGUAGCUUUAUAGUAAGUUAACUCUUUCCCAGGAAUUCAUUCAUUAACAUCUGCUUGAGUGCCUGCCCUGUGCCACACUGUGCUGGGAGCUGGGAAUGUGGUAGUGGACAUGACUUACUAUUGAAAAUGCAAUCUCCAAGUAAUUCAUAAUGGUGAUGUUGAUGAGAGUAGGGUGUGUGGAUGGAGAUAAUUAAUCCAAAAAAUCUAGAUAAAUAGAUAACUACCAUAAUUGACCAUUGAAUUUAGUUAUGAGCUGCUUCAUAAAUAGGAAAGAAGAAACUUGCUGAGUUAUCUCAGUGGAACAGUUGG